AUGCCAUCGAGACUAUCGACAACUAUUACAACAACUGAACUAGCUAAGAAAUAUGAAUAUAAAACAAUAAAUGAAUUAUAUCAAUUGAUUCAACCAAGUGGAGCUAAAUGGUGUUUCUAUGGUGUUGUUAAAUUUCGACGUGAAAUCAAUGAUAAUUGUAUGUUGUUAGGUAUAUGUGAUCCAACAUCAUAUGGAAAAGGUCCAAAAGGUGUUAGUUGUCUUUUAUAUCGCGAAUCAUUUGCUGGUAUGAUUGAACUCCCUGUUGAUAUUGAAAUUGGACAUAUUAUUCGUUUACAUCGAAUGAAAAUUACUACAUAUAAACCUGAAAGUGGUUGUAUACAAAUGAAAUCUUCUAAUUAUUAUAGUUGGCUCAUAUUUGAUAAUAAUGAUGAUACAGGUUAUGAUCCAAUUGCACAGAGUAGUUUUACUUAUACAUUUAAUGAUAAUGAUUGUGAUAAAAUCGAUGAAUUACGUGCAUGGUUGUUAUCAUUUGCAGAUGAUGACACUUUAAAUACUGAACUUGAUUUUCAAUUUGUUUUACCAGAACCAAAAACAUUUCAUGAACAAUCAACUCAAACUAUGGAAGAUGAUAUGAAAAAUAAUAAUAAUACAAAUGAUAUCAUUUCUUCAAGUGACGAUAAUGGAUCACCACAAUUUUUUCCAGCUUCUGAUAAAUAUGAUCCAUCAGAAAAUCGAUUGCAUACUGAUUAUGAUUAA